AUGGCAAAGGAUAAUUUGUUAUUUAAAUUGGAUAAUCUAGAAUAUCAAUAUAAAUAUCUGACAGGUAACAUCUCCACUUUCAAACCAAGAUAUAAUUCAACAACUAAAUUCUACAAUGCAAAAGGCAAGAAGACUUCUAAAAAAGUGGAAACCAUCCUAUCACAAUUAAACGCUACUCAAUUAUCGCAAAAGAUUAUCGAUUUAAAAUUCGAAAUAUUCAAUAAAAAAAUUCAUCAUUUGGAAAAAAUUUUAAACAAUUUGAUUUUCAAACAAUUAAAUGCAAAUCUUCAUAAUGAAACCUAUAAAAAUAUCAACGUCUUGAAAUCCAUCGAAAAAAUUUUCACGUUGCAAAAUUUUGUUCAAAUGAUUAUUAAAUCAAAAAUUAUUAAAUUAUCUAUAUCGAAAUUUGAAGAAGCUUUGAAAAAACAUCAUGAUAUUGAUCAAACAAAAAUUUCAGAUAUAAAGGAUCCUGUAGAGCUUUGGUUCCACAAUCAUGAAUAUUGGACUUUUUAUAACGAUAAAACUAAUAAAUUUAAUCCAAGUAAGAUAUGGAAAGAUGUAGUCUUAACAGUGGAAAAAUCAGAUCAAAUCAUUAGUACAAUGAUGAAUUCUAAAAAAUUAAAAGAUUUAUUAUCCAAUUUUAAUUCAGGGUUAGAUGUCUUUUUAAAUAUUAAUAAAGAUAUUAAAAAGAAUAAAUUAGAUGACGAUAAUACUACUAAUGAUGAUAAAAUUAAAUCGAAAUCACAAACCUCCACUUCUACAAAGCGUCAAUUAACUGAAGAGGAAUUAAUUGAGCAAUAUGAUGGGUUACUAGCAGCAUCAGAUGAUGAAGAAUCCGAUUCAAGUAUAAUAGAUGAAAAUGUCAAUUAUAAUGAGGUUACAUCUGAUGAAGAUACAAUUGAAGAUAAUUCAAAUAUAACUGAAAAGAAUUUGAAAUCUAAGAAUAAUGUUGAUUCAAGUUCGAACGAUAAUGUUGAUUCAAGUUCGAACGAUGAUGAUUCAAUUAAACUUCCAAAAGCUAAGAAACAAAAAAUUCAAUUACCAGAAUUAAUGGGAGGUUAUUAUAGUGGUGAUGAUGAUGAAGAGGAUAUUGAUUUGGUGGAAGAUAAAUUAGCUAAAAAACAAAUAUCAAUUGAACCUGUUAAAAAAAAUAGACGUGGUCAACGUGCAAGAAGAAAAAUUUGGGAACAAAAGUAUGGUAAAGAAGCUAAACAUAUUCAAAGAGAAUUGAAAAAACAAUAUGAAGAAAGACAACAAAGACAAUUGGAAUAUGAAGCUAGAGUGGCCAAAAGAGCCGCUAGAGCUGCAGAAGAUGAAGCUUAUAGAAAAGAACAGGAAGAAAGAAAAGAGUUUUUGAAUUCAAUUGGCAAUUCAAAAAGGGAAAAGAAACCUGUGGCAAAGACAAAUGCUAUGGAAAAUCAUCCUUCUUGGGUAGCCAAAAAAUUGGCUGCAGAAAAACUUCAAAAUACAAAGUUUAAAGGUAAAAAAAUUACAUUUGAUUGA